UUUUAUACUAAUUGAAUUUUUAGUUUUUGAUCUCCGUUUGUCUUUUUCCCCACGAAAAUAAACCCCUCUCUUCCACCGUCGGAGGGUUUUAGCUCUGUUCCGAUUUUCUCUCUCUACUCACAACAAUGGAUCCCCUUCCAUCCGCCACCAUUGCUCGCCAAACGUGGGAAUUGGAGAACAACAUUGUCGCAACCACCGCCGCCUCCGAUUCCUCCGACGCCAUUUUCUUCUACGACGAGGCUGCGCAGGCCAAGUGCCAGCAGGAGAAGCCCUGGGCGAAUGACCCGAACUACUUCAAGCGCGUCAAGGUAUCCGCCCUCGCGCUGCUCAAGAUGGUGGUGCACGCUCGCUCCGGCGGCACCAUCGAGGUCAUGGGACUCAUGCAGGGGAAAACCGACGGCGACACUAUAAUCGUAAUGGAUGCCUUUGCCCUCCCCGUUGAAGGCACCGAAACUAGGGUUAAUGCGCAGGCCGAUGCCUAUGAGUACAUGGUUGAUUAUUCGCAAACCAACCAACGGGCGGGUCGAUUAGAGAAUGUAGUUGGGUGGUACCACUCCCAUCCUGGUUAUGGCUGCUGGCUUUCUGGUAUAGAUGUUUCCACACAAAUGCUAAACCAGCAAUACCAGGAGCCAUUCCUAGCUGUUGUUAUUGAUCCAACAAGGACAGUUUCUGCUGGGAAAGUGGAGAUUGGUGCUUUUAGAACAUACCCCGAAGGUUACAAACCUGCAGAUGAGCAAGUCUCUGAGUAUCAGACCAUCCCUCUGAACAAAAUUGAAGACUUUGGUGUGCACUGUAAGCAGUAUUACUCGUUAGACAUCACGUAUUUCAAGUCAUCGCUUGAUUCUCAUCUAUUGGAUCUGUUGUGGAACAAGUAUUGGGUGAACACCCUUUCUUCUUCACCUUGGCUGGGUAAUGCAGACUUUGUUGCUGGUCAGAUAUCAGAUUUAGCUGAGAAAAUUGAGCAAGCUGAAACUCAAAUUGCUCAUUCAGGCUUUGGGUCUUUGGUAAUAGCACCUCAAAGGAAGAAAGAGCAAGAAUCUCAACUUAACAAGAUUACUCGUGAUAGUGCAAAGAUAACUGUGGAGCAGGUUCACGGUUUAAUGUCACAGGUCAUCAAGGAUAUUCUAUUCAACUCUGUUGGCCAACCCAGUCAAUCUCAAACUGACCCAAAUGGUCCUGAAGCAAUGGCUGAAACCUGAGCCAAUGCAUCGGUAAAACCUCUCUAAUUUAUGACUUGAUGGCCCUUCCUCUCACUAUCUGGUAUAGCAAACCUCUGAGUUCAAAACAAUUGGAGCUCAUGAAGGUGGCUUCAGAAACUUUUGAAUUUGUUGGUGCUGCUGGGGAGUCGAAGUAAAAUUAGAGAAUGUUGAACAUCUAUGUUUUUUUCUCGAAUUGGUAGUAGACUUGUCUAUUCUCGCUUGUAAAUGGCUCUAUCAACAUUGUUCUUAGCUGUUCACAUCUGCUCAUUUGAAAGUCUAUCGUCUCUUAUCAUCGUAUACUGAAUUUUGUUGAUCUUGAGGCCAUGAA